AAAUUCGAAGUGAGAAGAGAAGAACAAAUGUGGCAUCAUCUCCUCCGCUUCUUCUUCUUCUUCAAUUGAAUCCUUCUUCUAGGGUUUUCAAUUUCCUAAUGAAACGCGAUUUCGACGAAAUCUCCGAGGAGGAGUGGUCGCAGCACUCGUUCAACGCUUCGCGAGUUCUCAAACAGCCACGUGCUCCCAAGCCAACGAGGAAUACGACUCCUCGUCAGCCGAAUCCUCCGCCUCCGAUUGAGUCCUUCGCCUACAGGAGGCCGUCGAAGGCGAUUGUGAGUAUUGUCAGCAGCGACGAGGACGAUUGCGUCGUGGUGGAGGAUUCGGAUGUGAAGAUUGUGAACGGAGGAGAUGAUUUGUUGCUGGAUGAUGAUGAGGAGGAAGUGGUGGUGCGACGUGCGCGAGUCGGUAGGAGGUUUGUGAUUGAAGAUGAGGAAGCGAGUGAGGAGGAGGAGGAGGAGGAUGAGGUUGAGGAGGUUAGUUCUAGUGAAGAAGACGAAGGUGGUGAAGGAGGAGACGGAGAUGAGGAUGUUGUUGGGAAGGCGUUGCAGAAGUGUGCUAAGAUCUCGGCGGAUCUUAGGAAGGAGCUUUACGGUAGCUCUUCUGGUGUUACUACUUGUGAUAGGUACUCUGAAGUGGAGUCUUCUACUGUGAGGAUUGUCACUCAGACUGAUAUUGAUGAAGCCUGUAAAGCAGAGGAUUCUGAUUUUCAGCCUAUACUCAAGCCCUACCAGUUAGUUGGUGUUAAUUUUCUUCUUUUAUUGUAUAAGAAGGGAAUUGAAGGAGCCAUUCUAGCCGAUGAGAUGGGUCUUGGAAAGACUAUACAGGCAAUCACGUAUUUAACUCUCCUAAAUCACUUGAACAAUGACCCUGGUCCUCAUUUGGUUGUAUGCCCUGCCUCUGUCCUGGAAAACUGGGAGAGAGAGCUCAGAAAGUGGUGUCCAUCGUUUACUGUACUUCAGUAUCACGGAGCAGCGAGAGCAGCCUACUCUAGAGAAUUGAAUUCUCUGUCAAAAGCUGGGAAGCCGCCACCAUUCAAUGUACUUCUUGUGUGUUAUUCUUUGUUUGAGCGACAUAGUGAACAACAGAAAGAUGACCGGAAGGUAUUGAAACGGUGGCGUUGGAGCUGUGUUUUGAUGGAUGAAGCCCAUGCUUUAAAGGAUAAGAACAGUUAUAGGUGGAAAAACCUGAUGUCCGUGGCCAGAAACGCUAACCAGCGUCUUAUGCUUACAGGAACACCUCUACAAAAUGAUUUGCAUGAACUAUGGUCGCUGCUGGAGUUCAUGUUGCCUGAUAUAUUUACUACAGAGAAUGUUGACUUGAAGAAGCUGUUGAACGCAGAAGAUACCGAGCUGAUUACUCGAAUGAAAUCUAUUCUUGGCCCUUUCAUCUUGAGGCGUUUGAAAUCUGAUGUCAUGCAGCAACUUGUUCCAAAGAUACAGCGGGUUGAGUAUGUCCAUAUGGAGAGAAAACAGGAAGACACAUAUAAGGAAGCCAUAGAGGAAUAUCGUGCUGCUUCUCAAGCGAGGGUUUUGAAGCUAUCAUCAAAAUCCUUGAAUUCCUUAGCCAAGGCACUUCCAAAGCGUCAAAUUUCAAACUAUUUUACUCAAUUUCGGAAGAUUGCGAAUCAUCCAUUGUUAAUUAGGAGAAUAUACAGCGAUGAAGAUGUCAUUCGCAUCGCGAGGAAGUUACACCCAAUUGGUGCAUUUGGAUUUGAGUGCUCCUUGGAAAGAGUCAUUGAAGAAGUUAAGAGUUACAAUGACUUCCGUAUACACCAGCUUUUGUUCCAAUAUGGAGUCAACGACACCAAAGGAACUCUCUCAGACAAACAUGUUAUGCUCUCAGCAAAAUGUCGGAUAUUAGCGGAGCUUCUUCCUUCAAUGAAGAAAUCAGGCAAUCGUGUUCUAAUAUUCAGUCAGUGGACAUCGAUGCUCGAUAUCUUAGAGUGGACACUCGAUGUUAUAGGCGUUACAUACCGAAGACUUGAUGGCAGUACUCAAGUCACAGAUAGACAAACUAUAGUCGACACAUUCAACAACGAUAAGUCGAUAUUUGCUUGUCUGUUGUCAACUCGAGCAGGCGGACAAGGUCUGAAUUUAACGGGAGCAGAUACAGUGAUUAUUCACGAUAUGGAUUUUAAUCCACAGAUUGAUCGGCAAGCUGAAGAUCGAUGCCAUCGUAUCGGUCAAACCAAACCAGUCACUAUCUUCAGACUGGUGACGAAGUCAACGGUGGAUGAGAACAUCUACGAGAUAGCAAAGAGGAAACUUGUACUUGAUGCGGCGGUUUUAGAGUCGGGAGUUCACGUAGAUGACAACGGAGACACGCCGGAGAAAACCAUGGGAGAGAUUCUCGCUUCUCUUCUCAUGGGAUAACAGUUCUUUUCUCUGUUGUCUUUGAGGUAAAUUGAGAAACGAAAUUUAUGUGUUAUCGGAGAGAAACAUGUGUAACACUAGUAGUAGCUUACCAGAUAUAUCUCUAUAGUUUUUUUUGGGGUCAAGUGAUAUAUCUAUAGUUACAUUUCUCUUACGCAUGUAAACUGAAAACCAAACAUUCUCGGUCUAAUGAACGUUGGAUGAACAUUUCA